UCCAGGGACCAUGGAGCAUCUCUCAAAAUGUCCUGUAACUAUGAAUGAAUGUGAGUGCAAGAAAGGGUUUCGAGGAAAUGGGAUUGACUGUGACCCAAUCAUUUCAUGCUUGGAACAAACUGAGAAAUGUCAUCCACUGGCUACCUGCCAGUCUGCUUCUGGUAUCUGGAGUUGUGUUUGUCAAGAGGGCUAUGAAGGGAAUGGUCUCCUGUGCUAUGGAAAUGCAGCCAUGGAAUUGUCGUUUCUCUCCGAGGGAGCUAUAUUUAACCAGUGGAUACAUAAUGCUUCCCUUCAACCCAUGCUGUCUACCACCUUGAAUUUCACUGUCCUCGUGCCUUCCCAGCAAGCCAUUGAGGACAUGGACCAAGAUGAAAAAGCCUUCUGGUUGUCAUCAAACAAUAUUCCAGCCCUAAUAAAACACCACAUGCAGCUAGGUACAUAUAGAGUGGCGGAUCUGCAGACCCUGUCAUCCUCUGACAUGCUGGCAACAUCUUUGCAGGGCAGCUUCCUUCACCUGGACAAGGCAGGCGAGAAUAUCACAAUUCAGGGAGCAUCUAUUGUUGACGGUAACAAUGCUGCCACAAAUGGAGUGAUACACAUCAUCAACAAGGUGCUGGUUCCCCAAAGAUGUUUAACUGUCUCCUUACCAAACCUACUCACCCGGCUGGACCAAAUGCCUGACUAUUCCAUCUUCCGGGGCUAUAUCAUUCAAUACAAUCUGGCUAGUGCAAUAGAGACUGCAGAUGCGUACACUGUGUUUGCUCCUAAUAAUGACGCCAUUGAGGAUUACAUCAGAGAGAAGAAGGAAGAAGAUUUACUCUGGUACCACGUGGUCCUGGAGGAGAAACUCCUGAAAAAUGACUUGCACAACGGCAUGCACUGGGAGACCAUGCUGGGCUUCUCCUACCUCCUUGGCUUCUUUCUCCACAAUGAUCAGCUAUAUGUAAAUGAGGCUCUAAUAAACUAUACAAAUGUAGCCACUGAUAAAGGAGUGAUCCAUGGCCUGGGGAAAGUUCUGGAAAUUCAGAAGAAUAGAUGUGACAAAAAUGACACCACUAUUUUACGAGGAAAGUGUGGGGAGUGUCCCCAGCAAGCAGUCUCCCCACUCGGAACUAAACCACUCGGUGAUGAGAUGAGGAAAUGCAUCUACACCAUUUAUUUCAUGGGGAAGAGAUCCGCAUUCAUUGGGUGCCAGACCAAGUGUGUAAAAACUGUCAUUACAAGAGCAUGCUGUGCCGGCUUCUUUGGCCGGCAGUGCCAGGCCUGCCCUGGGACAGGUCAGAAUAUGUGCUCUGGGAAUGGCAUCUGUCUGGAUGGUGUGAAUGGCAUGGGCUUGUGCAAGUGUGGGCAGGGCUUCAACGGGACAGCCUGUGAAACCUGUACAGAGGGCAAGUAUGGCAUCCACUGUGACCAAGUCUCUCCUCAGACAGCAACAAUCCCUCCUGAUGUUGUUAUUGCAAAUUAUAUGACGCUCUGUGAAUCCAGAAUGGUGGCUCACACCUGUAAUCCCAGCAGUUAGGAGGCUGAGGCAAGAUGAUUGACACAGUUUG